AUGAACUAAGAUAGUACUUAUAGUGUAAAUCUACUUCUAAGUAUUAUCUUAGUUCGUGCUUACAACCACGAUUAGAGACAUGACUUAAAAGAUAUCUUGUGUGCACUAUGCCAUAUAAUUUAGUUCUGUAUUCAGAUUUCACUGACAGCUCAGGAAUUGGUGACAAUCGAUUUUAGCCAUUAUUGUAACUAUUCUCUAAUAAUAAAUUAUUUUUCUAAUUUUUUUUUUUUUACUAAUAAACAUACAAUAGUAUAAUCGUUAUAAUAAUAUUAUGAUGUUUUAUAAAUUGUACACAUGAUGAAGUCAAUAUUUUUGUACAGGAUUCAAAUAUUUUAAAUUACGUAUAGUAACUGUAUUAUUUAAAUUUAUCUUUUAUUUAGUUACUUUUUUAUUAAAAAAAAAAUUGACAAAUUUAAGUUAGAUAUGUGGGUGCCUACAAAGAAAACCUUUAAUAAUGCCCCAAUGUAUUUUCAAUUCCGUCGAAAAGGUGAUUUUUGUAUUUUUAGUUUUACCAAUAUGAAACAAUUAUACUCAAAAGAAAUACAUGAACCUUCAUUAGCUACACUAUAUUCGCCGACCAAUAAAAUUGAAGUUGAUGUUAAAAACGUUGUUGGAUUUUUGGAAAAUAUUGUAGAGACAUAUAAUGUAAAUUAUAAUUUUUAUCCAGACAAAUUGAAUAUUAAGGCAGAUCUGGCCAUAACUUUAUCUGAAGAUUUUCCACCAUUUAAAUUGGAAUUGGAAUUAGAGUUAAAGGAUGAAAAUAUUUUUUAUUCCACAUUGACUUGCCCAUUAUUGAAAAUAAUAAAACAAUUAAAACAAAACCAAGAAGAUUUAUUUAAUAUUAUUGAAAAAAAGGAUUUGGAAAUAUCUGAAUAUAAAUUAAUAGGAGGCAAUAUUACACAUGAAAAUAUUAAGACAGAUAUUUUUGAGAAAGAUAAUUUCUUUAUGAAUACACUGCUGAAUCAUAAAGAUUUAUGUAAUGAAAGCCUACAUUUAUAUGAAAUAUAUUCAUCGCCUCUAAUUGAACAGCACAAUACCAGAUAUUCUGAUGAACACAACGAAUCAAAGAGCAUAUGCAUUAAGGAGGAAAAUCAAGGAAUUCAAACAAUUAAUUCAAAUAAUAGUAUUGACCAUAAAGCCUCAAAAAGUUCAACUACGGUAGAAAUUACACAAAAAUCAAUUAAUGUUAAAAAGCGGAAAAUAUCCUCUUUCCUAAAAAAUCUUUGAAAUUAUUAUUGAAUAUGUAAAACUGAUGUACAAAAUACUAUAAUAUUUUUUUAAUCAAAUCAUUUAUUUGCAACAAAAUAGAAUAUUUAAUAAUUGGUUGGUCCAACCAAUUAUUAUUACACAUUUUAUAAAUUUUACAUGUACGAAAUGCAUAUUAUCUUCAAAGAGAAAAUAUAUUUUUUAAGAACCAGUCUCAAUGUAUUU